UAAACAUCCGGUCAAAAAUGUCCUCCUACAAAGCUCGAGUGGAGGAGUUUAAGUCGGUUCUUGAGGCGGAAGUGAUUGAUUUCAAAAAACUUAGAAAAAUUGUUUUCAAUGGUUGUCCAUUUGAAGCUGGAUUGAGAUCAAAAUGCUGGAAGUUGCUGUUGUACUACUUACCAAAGAACAGAUCUGACUGGGAUACAGAACUUCUGAAACAAAGGGCUACAUAUGUUCAGUUUAUUGAUGAGAUGAUCAUCAAACCAGGUACAGAGGCAACAGAGAAUGGUGGAGUGUCUGAUGUCACAUUUGAUGAUCAUCCAUUAAAUCCGAAUCCAGAAAGUAAAUGGAGGGCUUACUUUAAAGAUAAUGAAAUGUUACUACAGAUUGAUAAAGAUUGCAGGCGACUUUGUCCCGACUUGAACUUCUUCCAGAGAGCAACAGAUUACCCGUGCAAUAGACUGUGUGGGGAGAAUAGUUUCGAAACUUUGAGAAAACGUGUCGAGAAUUCCGUGCUUCACUCGGAAUCUGUGUCUCAAAAUAGGCUAGGAAUAACUAAUAUGGCAACCAGUAGACGGAAGACUAGUGAUGAAUAUAUGCCAUUACCAGACGGUCAGGAAGCUCAUUGGGAGGUGUGUGAGAGAAUUCUGUUUGUGUAUGCCAAACUUAACCCUGGUCUUGGUUAUAUACAGGGAAUGAACGAGAUUUUAGGGCCAAUAUAUUAUACAUUUGCAUCUGAUUCAGAAAAAGAUUGUAAAGAAUUUGCAGAAGCUGAUAGUUUCUUUUGUUUCACCACGUUAAUGUCAGAGAUUAGAGACAACUUUAUUAAAACAUUAGAUGAUUCACAAUGUGGGAUAGGUAAUUUAAUGAAUCAGUUAAUGACCACAUUAAAGGAGACAGACUCAACAUUGUGGUAUAAACUGAAGGAACAAGACUUGAAGCCUCAGUUCUAUGCUUUCAGAUGGCUCACACUUUUACUGUCUCAGGAAUUUCCGUUGCCAGAUGUGUUACGUAUUUGGGACUCACUGUUUGCAGAUGACAAGAGGUUUCAUUUCCUGAUCAAAAUAGGAUGUGCAAUGUUACUAUUGUUAAAACAAGAUUUACUCACGGGUGAUUUUCCUCAUAAUAUGAAACUUGUACAGAACUUUCCAUAUACUACCAUAGAUGUGCAGGUUGUGUUAAAAAAGGCAGUAGAAAUCAGAUGAUAAAGAAGAUAAUGUUGGUUAAUACUGGAUAUAAUGGUGAUACAAAUGCUGCCACAUUGCCAUGUAUUGCUCAAAGCAUCAGUACUUCAACAAAAUGCUUUCACAGCAAGAUACCAAGAACUUUUUUUUAUAUUUUUCUAUAAACUAGACCUUAAUAUAUUAUAAAACUGAAAAUAGAAACCAUGUACAACAUGUUUUGAACUAAUCCUCUGUCACUGGUCAAUUCAAAUUUAAUAUAUCCAAUGAGAUGCCAGUUUGAGACUGGUUUCAUUAUUCAAGUUUUAUUCUAUGGUCUUGUUCUAUAAACUGUGAUCUCGAGAUUACUCAGUCUGCCAUCUUGUAUAUACACAAUCUCCUACGCAGUGAUCUCCCCUUAUCAGUACAGAGAUCUCUGCCAUCACAAACAUUGAAAUAUCCAAAUUUGGAUAUUUAUAUUUUUUAGCUUUUUAAUUUAUUUUUCAUUAUUUUGUGUACUUUUGAUAAUUUUUUGUUAAAAUAUAACGGACGUAGGUACAAAAAGUUAAAAAUAAAACAGAAAGAGAAAAAUGACGUUAGAUUUUCUAUGUAACGGUCGAUAUUUACAUUUGAAUUUCGACGUUACGUCAUGUGACUUUCAUCAUCAUGUGACGUCUGUGAAGGCAGUGAUUACAAUUCUGCGAAGGGAGGUAAUCAGUGUGAGGAGUUUGGUAUAUACAGUGUUGAUUGAAAACUAUAAUUGGACAGAAUUAAUUCUUCUGAAAUUUUGAUUUUACAAAAUAUAUAUUAGUAAAUCAUUAACUUGUAAAAAGUGAUUUUUAAAGCAUAAUUAUGGUGAUUUAUUGAUAAAAGACUUUUUUUUAUAAGAUAUGUAAUUGAAUAGUUGAAAAUCAAGUUGAACUAAUGAUAUUAUGUUAUAAAUAAUCAGUGCAAUGAUUGUUUUGUAAUAAUGAAUUUACAACCCUGCACAACAGAUUUGUAAGGGUCAACAGUCUGGUUUUGUUUGUCCUGGGAAUAACUCGUAAACUAUUUGGGUUAAAACAUCCAACUUCAUAGAUGGAAAGAUCUCAUUUAGAAGUUCUGCCAAAGAACCUCACAUAUAAGAACCAUUUGUUACUGCCCUUUCACAUUUUAUGGAGAAAAAAAAUAUUGUAAAUAUCAUUUUGAAACUACAUAAAUUAUUAGAAUUCAUUGAGGAAAAGUGCAUUAGUAAUAAACCAAAAUGUUGUUUUGAAUAAUUUUAGAGUUACUGCAUUUUUUUUAGGUUUAGGUUUCAUGAAAUACGCUAGCAGAUACUGUUAAGAAACUUUUUCAUGGCUGGGAAAUGGCACAAUAAAUUUUUGUGUAUAAAUUAUGGUAAAAGUGGAACCCAUACCAAUAGUAUUUCUUCUAUGAAUUUUACUAGGGUCAUGUGACAACUUAUAAAAGAACUUGAUAAUUUUUUUACAUUAGUUAUUAUAUAUGUUAAGAUCAUGUUAGAAAAUAUUUUAGAUAUUCUAAUUUUUCAACAUGUCAGUUUAGAUGUCAGAAAUAGCUAAAUGCCUGUUAUGUCUCAGAAAUGCUUUAAUUUUUUACUUAUCAAAAGCACUGUUUUUUUCUUCUGUUGUUGCCUUUUUAAGUGCAGUGAUUUAGUAUUUUAAAUAGAAAUCAAGAUACUACUUUGUUUCCAUUUUGCCUGAUUAAACAUGAUUUUGUAACAGUUAUAAUAUAUAUCAAAUCAUACAGCACCUAGUUGUCUCCCUUCACUCCCUGUUAUAUACUCAAAUUUUAAUAAUUAUUAUAUUCCUUUAGUUUUGAGAUUUUUUCACCAAAAAUUAUAAUAUCGGAAACAAUGCUUACUUUGUUUUUGUUAUUAUUUGUUACAAUAAUUAUUUAUUUGUAUAGAUUGUUAAAGAUGUUUCAUAUUUUGUUCUAUUAUCAAAUGUUGAUGCAAGGAUGAAUGUGUUCAUAAGCAGACAAGGUCAAAAAUGUUAACUGUCGAUAUAUUUAAUAAUGUUUCAUUGAGAAACGUUUUCUUUAUAGCUCUUAUGUAACACUUACAAGACUACUAUCGUCAACAGUCUGUUGCGAUGUGGUUGUGACCUAAGUUGUUCCUAGAGGCCGACCUCGUUCCAGGGGCGACCAUGGCCAAGUGGUUACGGUCAUGUACCACUUGCUUCACAUCUCUGUAGGUUUAAGCCCCGUCGGCGUCCUCUCUUUCAUGUCAAAAAGCUAGCAUACUGAACGUUAGUGGCUCUACUCAGGUGCCUGUUUAAGCCUGAAAUAAUGUACAGAGGGGGAGGUCUUCUUCCACCAGUAAAUCUGGAAAGUCACAAUAUGACCUAUACUAUGUUGAUGUACUGUCUUCAACCCCCUCCCCAUUUAUUUUAUUAAAUCAACCUAAAAUGUGAAAAACACAAGCAAAUUGUUGAUUUCUUACUAUUAUGAAGUUAAUUAUUUUUCAUUAGUUUAAAGAAAUACGAGUGAAUUUUAUUUUUGUAUAAUUAAGGAAUUAACAUAACUUUAUACUGUAUGAUAAAGCAUUAUACCUCACAAGAUUUGUGUUAAUUUUUGUGAUUAUUGUUCAAAUUGGAAAAGAAUGACAUUAAGUGUUUCAGUCAAAUGCUUAAACUUUACUUAAAAACACAUUCUGUUCUCAGAAAUUCAGAAUUAUAUACUAAAAUAUGUAGUGAUAACUUUGUAAGUGUAAAUGGGGUUCAAAAUAUUGUGCUGUUAAAGUAAAUCUCUAGUCUAUCAAAAAAAAAUUAAAUUUAUUUUAUCACGUCUGUUGACCAUAUUCUUGUCUCCCUGACUGAGAGGUUCAGGCAACAGCUUCUAGUUAUAUGCCAAUUUGAAUUAUGGCUGUUGAUUUAAAUCCCACUUUUGAGUGUUGAAUUCUUUUUUUAGCUAAUGUGAUAUUUAUAGCUUACAAAAGUUGAUGGUUCUGCUCUGCUACCCACAAUGUUCUUAAUAAAUGCAUGGAAGUGCACCAGAGAUCUAUUAACAAAAAAUCUGUCACAAGGCUUUGUUACUGUUAAGUUGAUGACCCAACUGCACUCAUCUUUUGUUGUCAGUAAAUGUCGAAUUUUUUUUAUAAAUCAUUACCCAUUGUUAGUUUGCAUUGUAGCAUUAUUGUUAUUGAUUUACAUAAUAAGUACUCCCAUGCUAAUGAAAUUUGUAAAUAUAUGAAUAAAUAAAUUGUUAAUAAAAUUGUAACAUUUG